UCACCAAAAGAACACCAUCCAUCCAGUGCAGCAUGGUGGUGGAAGCGUCAUUCUUUAGGGCUGCUUUUAUUCAACCAGAACUGGGGCGUCUAUCAACAUGGAGGGAAUCAUGAAUAGCUACAAAUACCAGUCGAUUUUAGUGUAAAACCUUCAGGUGUCUGCUAGUAAGCUGACGAUGAAAAGGAAUCUCACUUUUCAGCAUGACAAUGACCCAAAGCAUACAUCUAAAUCAACAAAGGAAUGGUUUAACCAAAAGAUCAAUGUUUUUGAAUAACUUAUCCAGAGGCCAGACCUGAAUCCAUCUAAAAGUCUGUGGGGUGACCUGAAGCAGGCUGUGCACAGGAAGAUGCCCUCACAAUUUGAUGGAUCUCGAAUGUUUUUGCAAGAAAGAGUGGGAAAAUAUUGCCAAGUCAAGCUGUGCGACACUGAUAGACUCUUAACCAAAAAGACUUGAGUGGUGUAAUAAAAUCUAAACCUGCUUCAGCAAAGUAUUAGUUUAGGGGGGUGUGCAUACUUAUGCAAGCAGGUUGUUGCAUGUUUUUUCUUUUCUAAAAUCUUUCUGAUUGUUUUUCACUUCAUUUCUAUACAUUGUAAUUUCACACUGUGGGUGGAAAAAGUUCUGACAUGAUUUAUCAUGGUUUCAUUUUUUGCAUCACAAAAACCUACCGCUUUAACAGGGGUGUGUAGACUUUUUAUUAUAUCCAUUGUAGCUUCUACCGUUUGCCCUAUGAGGAUUUAAUCACAAAAAAUAAUGACUAGGUUCAGCGGCUAGCGUUGCCGUCUCACAGCUCCAGGGUUCCUGAUUCGAUUCAAAGUUUUUCUGCAUGAGUUGCUUUCAUUUUGUUUGAGUAGGUUUUAUCUGGGUUCUCUGGUUUCCUUCUACCUCCCAGAAAAAUAACACCUCAUGGUUGUAGGUGGACUGGUUACACUAAAUCACUGCUAGGUGUGAAUGUGUGUGCAUGGUGCUCUGUGAUUAACUUGUGUUCCAUCCAGGAUAUAUAUACCCUAGAGCUAUAUCUAUAGCUAAAUUUAGACUUUCACAUAAUCUAAAAUGUAUAUCUGGACAUCAUGCAUGCAUAAAAAGAACCAAAUAAAGACUACCUAUUAACUGCAGCAUAAACAGCCUAUAUAAAAUGAAAUUAAUUAGAUUCAAUAAAUGGUUCAAAAUGACAUUGCACAAGAAUUGUAAUUAUACUCGCUUUAGUUUAUUACUUUUUUGUGCUUAUUAUCUAGCAAUCUAAUCCAAUCCGAUUCACUCAGACUUGAAAUCGUUUUUUUUUUUUUUUAAAAUGUAUUGUUCAGGGCUGAGUUUCCCAAAAGCAUCGCAAAGUUCAGUUCAUCUUAACUGGGAGAGAGAGAGAGAGAGAGAGAGAGUGUUCAGUGUGAUGCUUGCUCUACCAUUUCACAGUGAUCUUUGUGCUGCAAUGCUGUUGGGAAUCUCGGUUCAGCUUGUCUAAUGUAACAGUCUCGCGCUGAAUAGGAAGGUAGUGCAUGGUGCAGCAUUAAGAUCAGCCCAGAUCCCCAUUAGACUGUAAGCUUUGGAGAGAAAAUGGACAAACAGCGCAGUUGGAUUGUUGCCUCGGCUGUGCUUCUGCUCUUCACUGCUGUGGCUCUGCUCCUGCUCACUGUGCAUGUGGAGGAGAUCCAGGAACCUCCACAAUAUAUGUAUGGGAUUGUGCUGGAUGCUGGUUCCUCUCACACGUCCAUAUACGUGUACAGAUGGCCGGCGGACAAACAGAACGGCACGGGCGUGGUAACCCAGCACAGCGAAUGCAAGGUGAAAGGAGGAGGGAUUUCUAGCUAUGCAGGUCAGCAGGGGGCUGCAGGCCGCAGUCUGUUAGCGUGUCUCAAACAAGCCAUGGUGGACAUUCCCCAAGCACGGCAUCACCUCACACCUGUGUACCUGGGAGCUACGGCAGGCAUGAGGCUUCUGAACAUCUCCAGCCCUGAGAAAUCAAAGCAGGUUCUUCAGGAAGUGGGACAAACAAUCAAAUCCUUUCCUUUCAAAUUUCAAGGAGCGAAAAUCUUGAGUGGGAAGGAGGAGGGAGCUUACGGAUGGGUCACCGUCAACUAUCUGCUAGAAAACUUCAUCAAGUAUGGCUUUGUAGGCCGGUGGUUAAACCCAGGCAGACAGACGGUUGGUGCGCUGGACUUAGGAGGAGCGUCCACUCAGAUCACGUUCGUCAACCAGGAUGAAGUGGAGGAUCCAGAGAACAGCAUGACUUUGCGUCUCUACGGCCAGGACUAUUCUCUGUACACACACAGCUACCUGUGCUAUGGAGCAAUUGAGGUUCUGCGCCGGCUCCUGGCCCACCUCAUUACGACCCAGGACAGCAGCGACACCGUGCACCAUCCGUGCUACCCAUCAGACCACAGAGAGGACCUGUACCUGCAACAAGUGUUUGAAUCUCCAUGCACUAAAUCACAGCGUCCUGCGUUAUAUAACCCUGAGAUGUUAGUGAUCGUUCAAGGCACAGGCAACUAUCAGCACUGUCUGAGGAACAUAUCUGAGAUGUUCUCCUUCCAGAACUGUCUGUUCUCCCAGUGCUCCUUUGAUGGUGUCUUCCAGCCCAACACCAGUGGAAGCUUCAUGGCUUUUUCAGCCUUCUUCUUCACUCACAGCUUUCUGAAGAAGAGCACCGGCAUCUACAUCAGCACCCCGGUUCAGCUCCAACAGGCCGCUCAGACUGUGUGUAAUAUGACCCUCGUGAAGAUGUCUAAGGAUUUUCCAGAACAGAAGUCAUACCUGAGGGACUACUGUGCACUUGCUGUGUACAUCCAGGUUCUUAUGCUGAGGGGCUACAACUUCGACGAUCACUCCUUCCCCAGAGUUUCCUUUCAGAAAAAGGCCGGGGACUCCUCUCUGGGCUGGUCGUUGGGUUACAUGCUAAGCAUGAGCAGUAUGUUACCCGAGGAGAGUGUAAAUUCGAGAAGAGCCCUGCAUCCUGGAGCCUGGAUCUCCCUCCUGCUUCUCCUAGCACUCCUCAACAGCACCAUGCUCAUCUUCAUUGUUCUCCAAGUCUGCCAUAAGACGAGGAGUAAUGUCUGACCAUGACCAAUGGGGGGCGUAUAAGGAUUGCGACUGCUCCCCAUUUAGAAAUUGGAGAUAAUUAGAAAUAAUUAAAUAAGCCUUUCUAACCUCAUAGUAAAAGCAAAACAACUAAAAGUAACUAGUCAUUUUUAACCACAUGAGGCAUUUGUUUUGGUCUCUUGGAUUUGUGUGACUGAAUUAAAGAACGUAAAGUUAGAUUACAAACACUA